UUGAAAGAAUUCUGUAUUUUAGAUAUUCACGGGUAUGAAUGAUUAUCAGGUUAACAGGCCUAUAUAUCAAAGAGAAAAGUUUAAUGAUUGCUAUCCAGAAGUUUCUAGUCCCACUUUCUCGGAAAAGCUUGAAAAUGAGAUUAUAUCAUAUAAAGAUAUAAUAAACAAAAAAAGUUAUAAAAAUUGCUUUUGUCUAUUAAUAACAAAUAUAUUUCCUUGUAUCACAUGGUUAACAACUUAUAAUGUAAGAAAUUUUUUGUUAAGAGAUAUAGUUGCAGGAUUUACAGUUGCUUUCAUGCAUAUUCCUCAAGGCAUGGCUUAUGUUGCUCUUAUUCCAUUACCACCAGUUUAUGGACUCUAUACAUCAUUUUUUCCUGUUAUAAUAUACUGCAUAUUUGGAACCUCCAAACAUAUAUCAAUAGGAACAUAUGCCGUGGUAUCUAUCAUGUUGGGUAAUGUCAUAUCUAAAUACACUACUAAUGAUAUAAUACCACUCACAAAUGAUGCAUUAAUAAAAAAUUACACGGUUAUAGUCAACUCUAAAUCAACUCCCGAUUUGCCAUCACAAACUGAUAUAGCUGUUCAAGUAGCGUUGUCUAUCACUUUCUUAGUCGGCAUUAUGCAGAUGUUAUUAGGAAUUUUCAGAAUAGGAUUCAUUACGACUUAUAUGUCGACACCAAUUGUUAGGGGUUUUACCACGGGUGCAUCGUUACACGUAUUUACGUCUCAAUUAAAAUCUUUCUUUGGAUUGCCCAAUUUGCCCAGAAGAGAAGGGAUCGGAAAGUUGAUGAAAACAUUUAUCGAUUUCAUAAAACUAUGUCACACUUCAAACAUACCAACACUUAGCUUAUCCUGUGUUUGUGUUAUAAUACUCAUAUCAGUCAAAGUACUUACAUCGAAAUUCAAAAUACACCUUAAAUUUCCCAUACCUAUCGAAUUUCUGUUGAUAUUAAUGGGAACUGCUGCAUCAUAUUUUAUGAAUUUACACAAAUACGGCGUUGAAACUGUCGGUAAUAUCCCCGAGGGGUUUCCGCAAUUCAAAAUACCUACGACUCAAUACUGGAGUGCGAAUUUAGUUCAAAGCUUUGCUUUAGCCAUGGUCGCCUUUUUCACUUCGUUUUCGAUGGCCAAAAUUUUAGGUGAAAAACACAACUACGAAAUUUACCCUAACAAAGAGCUUAUAGCUUAUGGCCUAUCUACCAUGUUUAGCUCGUUCUUUAGUUCUAUCGUAUCAAGUGCCUCGCUAUCUAGAAGUUUGGUUCAAGAAAGUGUAGGAGGUCAAACUCAGAUAACUGGAGUCGUUUCAUGUAUACUCCUCCUGGCCGUUAUAUUAAAAAUUGGUUCAAUUUUCAAGACGUUACCAUCGUCAGUUCUAUCAGCCAUUAUAAUAGUUGCGUUAAGAGGGAUGUUUUAUCAAUUGAAAGAUAUUCGAUUUCUAUACAAACGAAACAAGAUAGAUUUGUCAAUAUUCUUGGUGACUCUACUCGCCACCGUUUUUUUAGACGUCGAUGUCGGCUUAGCAUUGGGUGUAAUUUACGCACUUUUGACAUUAGUCGUUCGUACUCAAAAGCCCAAAAUUAUCGUAUUAGGCAAUAUAUCAGGCACGGAAUUAUACGUUGAUUUGAAGAAAUAUCCUAAAGCCUAUCCCAUAGACAAUGUCCUCAUAUAUUCUUUCCAGUGCUUCCUUUACUAUGCUAAUUCCAAUAUCUUUCGUGAUCAUUUAUACAAAGAAUUCAAAAAGGCUUCCCAAGAGCAAUACACUUCUAUCAGAAUAGGCAUUAAGGAACCUAAUAAAAACGGGAAUGAGCCUAGAAGAUCCAUAGGUAAACUAGGGCUCGACACUCACGAUAUGAAAGUCAUGGACGCUAGUCACUGCUCAUUCACAAAAUCUCCUUUAAUCACUCACGACUCUGAAAAUAAACAAACAUCUGCCAAUGCGACCCAAAACUCUCCUAAUAAUGCCACAAAUAAUGUUAAACCUAAAUCGGGUCCGCCUCAUAACAACACAAGCUACGAUGAAAGUCCAGGCGAAGAUGAGACAUCGGAUGGAGAAGCACAAUAUAUUUUAACGCGAUAUAAUAGCCUCGUAGAAGAUGGCACAAAGGGUAUCAUUAAAUCGAUGUCGGAUCGGCCUAAGCAAAAAAAGCAGAUCGUUCCAAAUGGUGCUGAUCUAGAUUACAAGAUACAGGAGGAGAUACCUCAGUCAAAGAACAUACGUCAUAUAAUUAUCGAUUUUUCUUACAUCUCAUUCGUGGACACGGUUGGUAUAGAGACGCUGACACAAGUCAUUAAAGAUUUCAAGGAAGUAGGUGUGGAUAUCAUCUUGGUUGAGUGUAAUGAUAACGUCAUGAGAUGCAUGGAAAGGUUCACGUUUUUGCAGUCCUUCCCACCCGAUAAAAUUUUUAUCACCAUACACGAUGCUGUUUUAUGGAUAGAAGAUAAAAAAAUAUUACGAUAAUCAAAAAUAAUAUAUGUUAUAAAAAAUAUAUUGAUGAAAUCUAAAAUUAUUUUUUCUAUUUUCUCUUUCAUAAUAAUGCCAAAUUUUGAUAUUCUUUUUUAUUGAAAAUUAUAUUUAAUGUGACAAAUAUAACUUUAAUUAUAUAAUCAAUCAUAUUAAUUGCAUCUAUUUAUAUAAUUUAUCAAAAUUAUUGCCAAACUUAUAUG